UCACCAAACACUACACACGUCAAUGGCAAAAUCAAAAUUAUAAUCUUGGCUGAUAUCGAAUUUCAUAUAUUUAAUUAUUAAUCUAUAUACUACCAAUACUAAGCUAUUACGAAAAAAAAUAAGAUUAAGAAUGAUGGAAUCGAAUGUGAAUGAAAUCAAUAAUAAUAACAUUAUUUUACAGCAACAACCAGCCAUGGCUUCAUCGAUCGAUAUUGAUAAUCAGGAAUAUUAUGAUCAAUCUAAUUGUGAUUUAAUCACAGACAAUCAUCAACUUCAGCAGCAGCAGCAACCAUCGAACAAAUGGCAUAUAUUGGAAGGCCUUAAAAAUGGCCAUCAACCAUCGGAUAAAAAAACCAUCGAACAUAAACCACCAUUAUUCACUGGUUAUAUAUUGAAACGUCGAAAACGCCCAUUAAAAGGUUGGCAUAAACGAUAUUUUCAUCUAGACAGUGGUAUAUUAUCGUAUGCAAAAAAUAUCAAUGAUUGGCAGAAACGAAAACUACAUGGUUCGACCGAUAUUGGAUUAUCUGUCAUUUCAUGCAAACCAUCUAGUCGUCGUAUCGAUAUUGAUUCAGAUUCGGGAAUAUUCCAUUUGAAAGCCAAAAAAGAAGAUUAUAACCAAUGGGUGCAUGCACUGCGAACACAUCGAUUAGCACGACAACAUGAAAUUGCAUUCGGUAGUAGUACUGGUAACGAUAAUCAUGCUGCAUUAGCUUCAAUCACCGAAGAUUCAAUUAAUUCAUCAUUUUGCCUUCAGCAAAAUCGGCUAAAAAGUCCGACAACUUCAUCCGGCCAAUCCCUUAUUCAAAAAUGUGAUAAAUUAUCUUCACAAUCAUCAUUGUUGUUACACAAUCAAUCCAAUUUAAAUGUAGGUAAAAUACAAGAAAAAUUGAUCAAACUAAGUUCAUUGCUCAAAUUUAUUGAAACCGCACCGGCAAACGCAUCGGCUUGUGUUCCUUGCAUUGGUGAUCUUGAAACAUAUAAAUAUACAAAAAAAUCAUCGAAACUUCUACGAUUUCAUCUACAUAGAUCGAAGAAUAAAAAUAAAUCCAAAGAUCAUGAUCAAAAUGGUCAGCCUAAAUUCUCAUUACAGCAACAAUCGUUUCUAAGUAUUUCACAUCCAUCAUUAACCGAUGAUGAUUUAACGACUGCUGCUGCUGCUGCUACUACUACUGCUUGUGAUAAUCAAUCAAUUACAACUAUGACCAAGAAUGUAGCCAUGAAAGAUUUUGUUCAAUUGGCAAAUGAAAUUAACAAUAAUUUUAGACAGCUAUUGAAAUCGAUACAAGAUAUCAACUAUAAUGAAAAACAAGAUGAUGAUAGUGAAGAACGAUCGAAAUCGAUACGAAUUUCAUUCGAUAAAUCUACAGUUCAUCAUGAUGCUGAUGAUGAUGGUGAUGGUGGUGAUGAAGAUGUAUUCACCAGUAGUGAACAACAACAGCAACAAUCGCCUUAUCAUCGAACAUAUUCGAUGGAUGAAACGUCUGUGAUGAGUAUUUCCGAAUACCAUGAUGCCGAAGAUAAUGUUGGUUUUCUUGGACAACCAAAUCGUUCAUCCGAUGAUUAUAAUUCAUCAUCAUCAUCAGCAUCAUCAUCAUCGAUCGAAGAUGAAGAUGAUGAAAGUAUUAUAACUGAUUUUAGUGAAGAUAGCCACAAACAAAAUAAUUGUUGCCUAAAAUCGGAACAACUUUUGGCAGUAAAACGAAGAACCCGAUUACCAAGUGUUGAACCUACAAAUGAUAUUAGUCUUUGGAGCUUGUUGCGAAAGAAUAUUGGUAAAGAUUUAUCCAAAAUAUCCAUGCCUGUUACGAUCAAUGAACCAUUGAAUCUAUUGCAACGACUAUGCGAAGAAUUGGAAUAUUGUGAAUUGUUAGAUAUGGCAGCAGCAAUGAUCGAUGAUCCUUGUCAACGAAUGCUGAUGAUGGCCGCAUUUGCCAUUUCAUCGUAUAGUUCAUCCUAUUAUCGUGUUGGUCAUAAACCAUUCAAUCCAUUAUUAGGCGAAACAUAUGAAUGUGUUCGUGAUGAUAAAGGUUUUCGUUUUAUUGGUGAACAGGUUAGCCAUCAUCCACCGAUUUCCGCUUGUCAUGCUGAUUCAAAAAAUUAUGUUUUUUGGCAAGAUAUGCGAGUAAAGACAAAAUUCUGGGGUAAAUCAAUGGAAAUUAUACCGAUAGGAACUGUGAAUGUUGUAUUGCGACCAUCAAAAAGUCAUUAUAAAUGGAAUAAGAUAACCACUUGUGUACAUAACCUUUUCAAAGGUGAACGUUAUGUUGAUAUCUAUGGUGAAUUGACGAUAACUGAAAUGGGUAAUGACCUCAAUGAUCAUCUAACUUGUAAGAUAACAUUCGAUAAAGCUAGCUAUUGGUCUGGUAGUCAAAAUGAAAUCCAUGGUAUGGUUAUGAAUAGUCGUGGUCAGAUUAUUGAACGUAUACGAGGCCGUUGGAAUGAAUCGGUUUAUGCUGGAUCUCGUUGUAUAUGGCGUGCCUGUACAAUGCCCGAUAAUUAUGAAGCCUAUUAUGGUUUCACUAGAUUUGCUAUUGAAUUAAAUGAAUUAAUUGAUAAUGAAAAGCCUUGGUUACCACCAACAGAUACACGAUUUAGAACAGAUCAACGUGCUCUAGAAGAAGGUGAUGUACAACGAGCCGAAACGAUCAAAUCAGAACUUGAACAACAACAACGUGAACGGCGUAAAAUGCAAGAAACAAACGGCGAAACUCAUUUACCACUUUGGUUCAGUAAACAACUAAAUGGUAAUAAAAAUGAUGAAGCAACGGAUAUUUAUACAUUUAACAAUCAAUAUUGGGAUUCACGUGCGAAUCAUUUUGAUGGAAUCGAUUUUGUUCGAUUAUGGUAAAAAGAGCUUGAAUUAUGAUUCUAGUCAAUUAAUAAUAAUUGGAUAAACAAUUACAUACAUACACACACACCAUCCGUGAUUAUUGAUUAUUAUUAUUAAUAUAAAUUGAAUGAUGAUUCUUGGCUUCCAUUUUCUUAUUAUUAUUAUUUUUUUUUUUGAUUGUUACUGUUGUUUACAGGCAUAGGUUAAAUAUAUUUUUUUCAAUUAUCUUA